UCCGCACCCAUUCAAGCCCAAUUUCCAUUCGGUCAAAGGCAGGCAGUCCCAAUUGGCCUCUAUAUAACUGCCAGAUCGCUUGAAAUUCGGCCAGAGUACCCGGAACCUCCCGUACACCACCAACAUCCGAAACCCGCAGCAAACCAAGCCGAAAUCGAAAAUGGUCGACAUCGUCCCCCUCUCGUCCUACCCCUCGUACAUCGACCUCCUCCCCUCCAUCCAAACCUGCAACAUCACCAACCUCCCCGAAAACUACUUUCUGAAAUACUACCUCUACCAUGCCCUGACCUGGCCGCAACUGAGCUUCGUGGCCGUCGUGCGGCCCCGCAAUGGCUACUCGAAACACAAGGGCGGUGCCGCAGGCACAUCAGGCACAGGCACAGGCACCGCCGACCUCUCCGGGCAGUAUCCCAAGGUGGUCGGGUACGUGCUUGCGAAGAUGGAGGAGGAGCCGACGGACGGGGUGCAGCACGGGCAUAUCACGAGUUUGAGUGUGAUGCGGACGCAUCGCCGGUUGGGUAUUGCCGAGAGAUUGAUGAGGAUGAGUCAACGCGCUAUGGCCGAGUCUCAUCGCGCCAGUUACGUUUCGCUGCAUGUGCGUGUCUCCAACACUGCCGCCCUGCGUCUGUACCGGGAUACCCUCGGCUUCAAGGUCGAGUCCGUCGAGAGAAAGUACUACGCCGAUGGGGAGGAUGCUUACGCCAUGCGCCUGGACCUUACCGAUCAAUGGCUGGACUGGAAGGAGAUUGAGCGCCUGGACAGAGAGCGCGCCAAGAGUGACGAAAAGGAUGCCGAUGAGGGCGACGAGGUUGGAAGUUUGGGCAAGAAGGAAGAAAAGACCGUUCGCGUCAAGGUCGGUCGGAGUUUGGGUGUCGGCGAUCUGGUGGAGAGGAAUGAAGCCAACCCUUCGCAACAAAGUGUCAGCUCGUAGGACCGAGUCGUGAUAUAUACCUCUGAGAGCUAGCCUCUUGGACAACUUACACGAAAUCCUCGGCAAAACGUGCUCGGUCUACGGAAUACCUAUGCAGUGAUAUGUUCAUUGAACAGGGCUAUUGAAAUGAGAUCCGAGUAUCAACAUUUUAGACCAGAAUACGUCCAUGAAAUAUGUACUAAAAAAUGC